CUAUAUAAGUGUGCGUGGUGAAGUAUCCAAGUGUAGAGAAGUACCAAGGAGGACCUAAGAAGCGAUACAAAGCGGAACAGCUCAAAAGAAGAAGAAGAAGAAGGAAGGUGGAGGGAUCACUCUCGCCAUGUGGAGGCCGAACAGCUGAUCACAGGCCCGUCCACCACAAGGCCGCGGGAUGCCUAGACCUGACCUGACCUAACGUGACCUGACCUCCUGGUAUGACGAGGCUCGCUGGACUGUUGAAAAGAUUGGAGACAUAUCAACCAUGACUCCCAUGAAGAGCCUCCAGGAGUGGGCAGCAGACUGCAUCGCCAAGACUCUCUUGCAUAGCCUGUGUGUCACUCAGCUGGCCACCAGUGCCUUCCGUGGUCGGGUGGGCUCCAGCCAGAAAGAGACCAUAACUCAAUGCCUUAAAAGCCUGAAGGUACACCUGUCCAACUUGGAUUGCACUGCUGCCUCCACCAACAUAAGCAAUCCCAUCUCCAGGCUCCUGAAGCAGAGGAUUGCCUCAGUUGCAGAAUAUAUAUCUUGCCAGUCCCAGCUGAACUUCCUAAAGGCAUCCAUUCUAAAAUUAUUGUUACUAGAGGAGUUUGUACUCAGCACAGGAGUAGUCUGGGAAAGUGGGAACUUCACUAUUGGAGAAGACAAUGAUGGGGACUUUAACAUUGAAUACUCCUCAUCAGAUGCUGCAUAUCUAUAUGCUUUUAUUAGAGUUCUGGAGACAUUAGGUCCCUUUCCUGUGGAGAAGGCUGUGAUAUGCUUUGACUUUAAAGAUACUGAUGACAUGAAGUCUGUCUUGCAGGCAUUGUUCAAGAGCUGCACUAAGAUAAAGAGCAUUCAUUUGGCAGGAAAGAGUGUUCACCUCAUUUCCCUCAGCAGAUUGAAGUCUAUCUCUAAACAGCUGGAGGAGCUAGUACUAAUUGACUCCUUUGGGUCAUUAACUAAAGAUGUUUUUUGUGUUUCCCUGCUGGGACGGCCCUGGAUAGAGUAUAUAUCUAGCCAUGAUGGUAGAUAUAACUGCUUGGAGCCCCAAUUCCCUGUCUUGAAGCACCUCUGGUACCAGCGGCAAAAUUCUCAUCAGGGCUGGAAUGACAGCUUCAUAAAGACAGCAAUCCUUACCUACUAUCCCAACCUCCGCACACUGAAUUGGCAUGUGAAUGACUUGAAUCAUAACUAUGCUUUAACAAAAAUCCCUGGUCUUAGUGGUAAACAGUACAACCUUGAGAACCUGCUCCUUACAUCCAUUGACCUCUCUGAUUCCAACAGGAGCACAGCAUCCAACCGUCUCAUCUGCAGUGUGAAUGUUGAAUACUUAUCACAACUCUUUCCUGGCCUGCUGGAUGUAUCUUUAGUGUUUUCCAGAGGUAGGGACUGCCUGUGUUCACGCUCAGAGCUAAGAGGUCCCUGUGAAGCAAGGGCAUCUCAGAUAAUAGAGACACUGACCAAUGUGUUGUCUGAAUGUAAAAAGGUUGAAUCCCUCACAGCUGGUGGUGACAUUCUGCACCUAAACUCAAUCCUGCACCCUGUACUGAGUGUAUAUGGACACAGACUGAAGUCCUUAGGCCUGAGACUGCUCUCCACUGCCACCACCAAACAGGAAGACAUAGUAUCAAUUGUUUCUCUUUGUCUUAACCUAGAAAAUAUUACAAUAACAGGAAAUGGUACCCUAGAAGGCAAGCCUGGAAGGACUCACUCUCAGUACAAGUGGCCCAAAGUGAGGACAUUACAGUUUUUGCUUAAUGUGACUCAUCCAGAAAAUAUUGAGUUAAUUCAAAUGUUUAUAUCUGCAUCAUGUUUUGUGGAAAGUUUAAGCUUGAGUACAUUUUCCCUAAGACAGUUAUGUUGUAUAAUAUGUAGACAGACAAUCAUCCCUGUGACAAUAUUGAUUUUGCCCAUUCUGGAUGACAUAUCUGACUCUGAUUUAGAUGACCAGCUCUGUGUGAUCUUGAAGCACUGCCCAAGGGUGCGUCAAAUGUACGUACCACGACGACUCGUGGGGUGGAGGCACCUGCAGGAGAAGCUGUGGAACCGUGGAGUUACUGUAAAGUUCACAGACCUGCUGGUGGGGGGAUGCUGAGGGUUGGAGAUCCAUAAUUAUGUAUAUAAUAAUUAUGCAUUGUUGUUAUCAUGUAGAUUUGAAACUUUUGGACAAUAAUUGUUUCAGAUGAAUUCACAGACAGUUUUAGGCAAAACUGCAUGUCUUUACAAAUGCUCUUUAAAAGCAAGGGAAAUUGAAUCACUGGUCCUGCAGGAGUAUUCUUUAGGUGGUUAGAUGACAGCUUUGAAAGCAAAGUCUGAAGUGGCUGUUGUUUUACAACUGGAACUAUUACCUUGAAAGGACAAGCCACUGUAAAUAGCUACAACCAAGUAAAUGUGUAAAGCUAUUUAGUGUGUGUGUGUGAGAGUGUGUAUAUGCGUGCAUGCAUGCUCAAACAUUUGCACAUGCAGUAACACCUUGAUUUAUCACAGCAUACUCUAAGGAAACCAUACUACUCCAUUUACUGCAAGAACAGUCACAGCGUACACUAAACUUUAUUUCAGGUCAUCAUGUAGAAAUUCAAACUCACAUAUUGAAAUAAGGAAAAAAAAUUGCUGUAAGUUAUUCAUUCUCUUCUUCAUACCCAAAAAUGUACAAACAAAUUUUGUGGUUCUGAAAUUUGUCUGCCAAAUAUUCAUAUUUAAAUCAAGUAUUGUGGUCACAAAUUUAUCAUAACUAAUUAUGUAAAAGGUUUGAAUUCCUGGCUAUAGUGACAUCCUGUAUACGAACUCAAUCCUGCACCCUAUACUGAGUUUCUUUGGCCACAGGUUGAAAUAUUUUGACUGUUCUUUACUGCUACCAACAAUAAGAAAGAUACUGUAUCAAGAGUUAGUGGCAAAAUUUUUCAGUAUCCUUGUAGUGAUGUCUAUUCAAAUUGCUUUUUAUUACAAAACUUGAAGUAAAGUUUGCAAUGAGUGCCACACUGCCUGGUGCCCCAAUGCUUCCCUCUAUCUUUUUGGCUCUUGUAAUUAUAAAGGGUGUGGAUAUUUUACCCGAGGGCAUUCAUAUUACCACACUUUCAUAAGUCUAUUCUUACCCUCUCAAAACCUUCUGUCUAUGCAGCCCUUAUACCACACUUUUUUUUUUUUUUUUUUUUUUUUUUUUUUUUUUUUAACCCAGUAGCACCGACAGGCCAAAUUUGUGGCUUUACCAUGUAGCACCGACGGGCCAAGUUUGUGCCAUGACAUAAUCCCCCCAAAGUAGAUGAUACAUAAACUGAUCACAAAUGCUUUGAUACAUAUGAAAUGGUUUGUGUGAGUGAUGAUUUUUUCUUAUAUUUCUCACUUAGAGGGACCAUUAAGAAACAUGAUCCCCGCUGCUACUGGGUUAAACUAUUUACCUAUAGAUAAUGAAAGUUUUGUAUUUAUGUAUAUGCAAUAUGCAUGCAUGUGUGUGUGUGUGUAAGAAAAAAGUAUAUAUGCGAGGACUAAGUUAUAAAAAAAUGUAAUAAAGAUGUAAGAAAAUUCAGUUUUUAAAAAAAUGGCAAUCUAUGAAUUGAAUGCUUUACCAAACAAGUCAAAAAUAUAUGUGAGUUUAGGAAUUAAAUGAUGAAAAUGUGUGAAAAUCUGAAACCUAUUAGGUUUGGCUUUGUAAAACUGCAAAUACUGUACAUUGUCAAGCACAUACCCACUCACUGUGACUCACACACACACACACACAAAAAAAAAAAAAGGGAGGGGGAUAAAGCAUGGAAGAAAGUAAGGAGAAAAAUUACAUCAAGAAACAGAGAAGAAUAUAACUAGCAAGAAAUAAUAUGUGAGGAAAAAAAAAGAUAUAUGAGAAGAAUAUAGUCGACAAAAAGAGAAUAACAUGACAUUUGAAAAACUGAAAGAAAUGAGUGAAAUACUACAUGAAAAUUUCCAGUGUUCACAAAAAAAAUCAGACUUUAAAAUCCACAAAGAGGAAGAAACAAGCAGAGAUGGGGAAAAUUUGUGACUAGAGAAAGAAUACAAGAGAUGAUGAGGAGCCUGGAAGAAAGGAAAGCAACAGAACCAGAUGGGCUAUCACUGCAUCCUAAAAGAGUGUAGACAACAGGUGAUUGAACCAAAACAUGAUAUAAUUGAGUGUUCACUAAAGACAGGUUAAGUCCUGAGGGAAUGGAAAAGGAAUGACAUCACAUGGCAUGUGGCAAGUGUUAGCAUGCAGAUAUUAGUGACAUGCAGAAAAAGAGAUUUUGCAGUGGGAUGUGUCACACAAAAGACAAGGGCAUGGACUGAGAUGGACUACCAGAUUACAGUGAACGAUACCACUUAAAGCAUUGACACGGGGUGACCUCAAAAAGGAGAUUAAUUCAAACCAGAUGUACAUAUUCCUAAAUUUAAGCAAAACUUGAUAAAUUAAGGUUUGGAGAUGGAACAUCAUGAGUGUAGCUCGCUUCCUGUAUAUCGCAAAUAGAUAAAUACACACAUAUGAUAAUCUUCAUACUCUGCAGUCCACGAAGUUACCUGAGACUGAUGCCAGCCUUAUUAACUCAUAAUCCCAAUUUACGAUAAUCAGCAGGGCAUAUGGACCAGGCUUUUCAUUCAUUUCUAUCAUCUUUCCACCUUAAUUUUUUCAUUUUCCAGAUUAUUCACAAGCUUUAAAAUUUAAAUUUUUAGUAGGCACCCCCAACAGUGAGUUGUAGUUAAUCAUGCUGAUGUGUCUGCUAAAAAGUUCAAACAAAAAACGAUGUCCACAAUUUGUACACAAUGCCCAAAAUUUGUUAGAGCAUCCUAUGAAUAAACAUGUCUUUGAUAAUCUGGCAACUCCUUAAAUGUAUGCUGGAGAUUAGAUAAAAUGCCCAGUAAAUAGAAUGAUGUGUUGAAAGAGAAGCCACAUUUUUAUGUUUAUGGUUUUUGACUGUUCACUUUAGUCCCCUACUGUAAGCACUUACAUAAUUAUUGGAAACCUUUCAUGCCUCCUCCUGAAAUUCAAAAUUAUACCUUUGAAUAGAAUUUUAUUUAGUGUUUUCAUUGAUCUUGAAUAGUUGUCCCUUAACUUUUGUGGGGGUUACAUAACUGAGACCCCUAGAAAUGUUAAAUUUCUGAAAAUAUCCGCUGCCCCCGUUAAAAACAUUCCCAGACUGCCCAUUUUCUUAUUGAACUGAAGAAAAAAACACUUGUCUAUCUUUAGUAACAUUGUAGUACAGUAAAACACCUCUGAAUACCUGCAGUUGCUACUCACCAAGGGUUUAACUGUAAUUGCUACAAAAGCUAUAAAAAUAGUUAAAACUACCUCAGUCAAUGUACUUUACAUGCUUAGGUGAAGGCAAUGGAGAGAACACAUCGAUUGACCCUGCUUAGUGCAAGGAAACCCA